GACUUAACCCGUCUCCGUAACCAAGGCAACAAAACUGACUAUCAGUGCUGCGAGGAAGGAACAAGCCGCCAACAAGGACAGAUACCUCCAUGAGAAGUUAUUACACGGUUCCUUUUCCCCAAAACAUAGAGAUGACGCUCGUUAAAACAGCUACUGUUCAUUAUUGAGUAUUUAUGUAGCCGGAUAGAUGACCAUGUUUACAGACGAGGCGUUAGAUGCGGUGGAAAUCGAGUCUCUUUGGAGGAAAUCUCAGCAGUCUGCGCAGGAAUCUGUAAGUUUGAACAACAAAGUUAACUCUUGUUUACACCAUGAUUGUUUAAUUGAUUCUUUUCAUAAUAAAUGCCUGAAUCUGAGGGCAUUUUACUGGUUUGUGACCGAAACCACGCAGCUAGCACAGUGGCUAUAAGAGAGCCCUUACUGGUAGCUGUACAGUUAGCUGAGUGAUGUGACGUUCAAAUGUUACUCGAAAAAUUCAUAAACAGGCGAGAAAUUUCAUUUACAGUUUUACAACAGAGAGAAAUGGAAAACCUGUCACCUUUAUUGUAGAAUAUGAGAUUUUCAGGUAGUUAAUUUGACUUAAUUUAAUACUGAUAAACAACAAUAUUCAAACAAAUCCAAAUUUAAUUCACCACUUUGUUAGAGACUGCGUCAGCAAACGUUGCAAUAAUUUCAGAUUGUGUCUGAGUUAUUAGAUAACAUAAUCUACAUACAUUUAAUAUCAUUAAAAGAUUCAGAGAAUACUGUAUUACAAGCGAAUGGCUCUGUAGUAGAAGAGGCCUGCUGCUGAACUGGCCUACCUGCAGUCCUAACCUGUCAUUUUUCUGUUUCAACAUCAUUUAUGUCGUCUUUAAAUACAGACUUCAAAUGGUUUGCAAACUACCAGAUUCUGAUUUUAUAAACAGCUGUACACAGAAUCGACCUGGGACUCCUGCAGGCCAGGAGAAUAAUCGCCUUAUCUUAGAAGAAAAUGGAUGUACCUUCGAUAAAUGUUUGGGUGAAAGAGAUGGCUUCCUAUGUUGUACUAGAGAGAUUAACAUAUAUCAUCAGAGGGAAAGCAAGCAAGUUUUUUGCAUACUUGUAUAUGUAAAAGUUCAAUAAAUUUAUUGCUUAAAAAACAGCUUUACAUAGUGUCUUAAUUUUUGUGGACCUUGCUUGUUUGCUGUUUUUUUUUUUUAAGAGGGGCUGUCAGACCAGAGCAGUCCACAGCACUGAGGCAGAGGUUCAGACUGUGUCUUCUACCACCAGCUGGACUCAGACAGAACAAACUCAGCACCAGGACACAGAGCAGCUCCUCCAACAGAUCCAGGAGGAGCCUGAGCCUCCUGGUCUGAAGGACUUUCUGCUGCGGGUCGAGGACUUAGUUGUCAGAGAGCUGGUCAAAAACGCCAGGAGUCAUGCUUUUGAUGGAUUUCAGGUCAACUGGGAGGAGCAGAGUAAUCAUGUAAGUGGGACUGAAGACUACAAGUUAAACAUGUCUGAGCAGUAAACUGACUAGAGUUCCUGCAUGAUCCUGUCCCAUGUUUGCAGGUUUCUUGCCUCCAUCGUCUUCAUCAUCCCAACGCUCAGGAGAGAGGUCUUCAUGUCACCAGUGUGUCCUGGAGCUGCACAGGUUCAGUUAUCGCCUGUGCCUAUGGCCGGUAUGUACAUCUCAUUUAUAUGCUUACAUUUAUAUAACCAAACCUGACGUUGUCCUGAAUGUUUCUCACUUCUCUCUGGUAUGUUAACUUUAAAGGAUUGAUGACGGAGACUGGAGCACUGAGAAAUCUUAUGUCUGUACCUGGAACCUGAACCGCCACAGCCUGAAUCCCAAACAGGCUGAUUUGGUCAUAGAUGUUCCCACAGCAGUCACCGCUCUGUGCUGUCACCCCCAACAUCCAGCGCUUAUCGCAGGUACACUAACAAUCUGAGAGUAUACAUCAAACCUCUGGACACCAUGAAUCAACGGUUUAAAGGUGGUGAAUAAAUAGAACCUGCAACUGAUUCGUGAAAUCAUUAGUCAAAAAUCAAUCGCAGAUAUAUACGGAAAUGGUAGAUAAUAAUAAAGAGAGGGAAAUUUAAAGAAUGCAUCUUUUUUUUAUUCUCAGGCUCAUCAUAUUCUUAUAAAACUGAUAUGGUGACAAAAGCAACAACUGUAUUACCACAAGUGAGUUUAAACCAAGAUCUCACUCUGUCCUCGAAUCGAGGAAACAUCCUUCAGUGACACCCUCUAGAGUGGAUUUUCAGUCAUUGAAACAAAUGAAGAUGAGAAUUCUUAUUAAAAUUAGUAUGAAAACAUUUGUAACACUUUAUUAAGUGGAUAAAGAUUUUUUCCAUCUGUCUUUUAUUUAUUUAUUUUUAGAAUUAAAGAAUUUAACACUCAUUCCUGAGGUACUUGGUGUCUCCAACCUGUGCUUAAAGGUGCAAGACGAUCCCACAGAGAUCAUCUCGUAUUAUAGACUUAGAAAAGCAAAUAUUAGUGCCUUUCAAUAAUUAGCUUUUCAUUAAAAAGUUCAGACUUAACAAAUUAACAACUGGAACUAAAAAAGUCUGAUGUAAUAGUUGCAAUAAAUCACAGCUGUUGAAUAAGCUGUGUUUUGUUUCUUGAAGUGGAGUGCAGUAAAAACUGUGUGUUUAUGUUGUAAAUGUGUGUGUGUGUUUUUCUGUAGGAGGUCUGUACACUGGGGAGGUGGUGGUCUGGGACACCAGUCAGACUCAGGACCCUGUCCUUGUUCAGACUGGGAUGUCAGCAGACAGCCACAGAGAGCCGGUUUAUCAGGUGAGCUGCUUUUAUCAAGUCAGUGUGCUAAGUAACAGUGUUCUGAUUAUUUCAACUUUAUUUCAACUUUAUUAAGGUAAUUAAAGACUCAAACCUAUGACUGUCUCCUUUCAUAUUUUGGGGUCUAAAUGAUUGAUUUAUAAUAAACAGUUUUGACUGGUAAUCCUCUGGGACCAGUAUUGUGUGUCUGCAGAGCAAGAAGCUGCAGUUUCAGGACUGCAAUUCUUGGAUUGUAUCUGUAAGGCCCUUAAGUUGUUACAACACUCAGGGUUAGACCAUGCCUUUAGAAAAGAGCAACUUUAGAGUGCAGUCCUGAUUCUGCAGUCCUGAAUCUGCAGACAUUUUGUUUUCAGACCCUUAGAAUCAAACUCUGAACCUGUCAGUGACAAAAUCUAGACCACUUUCCCUCUUCAUGGCAGCAGGCGAAAGUAAUUUACUGAAGAAACCAAACCAAAAACAAAAAAAAACAAAACGUGUGUGUGUGUGUGUGUGUGUAUGCACAGGUCUCAUGGGUGCCCCUACAGAAGAAAGGAGAGUUUGGUGUCCUUAGUGCGAGCUCCAGAGGUCAGGUCCUGCUGUGGUCAGUGGACUUUGAUCAGACCGUGUUCGUCCUGAACGCUGCAUACACCUUACUGAGACAGCAAGUUCCUCACAGCAGCAGCUACAAGGUGAGACUCUGUGAUUCUUUCAAGACAAUACAACUAAUUAUUAUCACCAAAAACUCCAAGAUUAACAUGAAAACCUUUCAAAAUAAAUGGAUCAGCUGCUUUUAGAUUCAGUAGUACUUUUAGAUAUUUGAUUGUGGAUGAACUUGUAUCUUUGUUUCCUCUGCAGACCCGGGGCAGCAGCACCGUGGGCGUCACCUCUCUGGCGCUCUCCCCCUGGGACUCAGACACCUUCCUGGUGGGCUCUGAAGGCGGCCUGCUGCUCAGAUGCUCCUUCUCCUCUCAGACUCCGGCUGCUGCUCCUUCAGAAGGUCAGAGUGUGACGCCAAGGGCCCCUGCUGUGUUCUCCUUCAAGCCUCUCAGUGGACCGGUCCACUCCAUACACUACUCUCCUUUCCACAGGUGAGAACAAACAUCUGUAUAAUCAGAGGUGAGCAGCUGUUUUCCACAGGAGACUGACCUCUGCUCUUUGUGUCUGUGCAGGAACCUGUUUGUGAGUGCUGGGACUGGUGGUCUGGCUCACUUGCACUCUCUGCUGCAGGCAGACCCCCUGCUGUCUCUCAGAGUCUCAGACUCUUAUGUCUUCCAGGUUCAGUGGUCUCCAACCAGACCGCUGGUGUUCGCUGCAGCUACGGGACAAGGUACAGCAUCCAGACUCUGACAUAAGGUUGUGUUUUUGAGAGAAUAAUGACUUUUACUUUUGUGACUUUUUCCUCUUAAAAUUACUUUUUAUCUUACAGUUGUAACUCUAUCUUGUCGUGGACUUAAAAUUUUAAACACAGUAACUUUUCAUUUAAACCUGACUUUAAAUCUAUCUUUAAACCCAUACUUGCCUUUAAAGCUCCUGUCAGGGACUUUUCUUUGUAUGUCUAUUUUUUUCUCUUAUUUUCAAACUGAUGACUUUUAUAUUAUUAUGAUCACUUUUUAUACAUCCACUGAUAUUUUAUUCUUAACCUAUGACUUUUUAUUUAGUAACUAUCACUUUUUAUUUCAUACUCGACUUUUUAUCAUAAUUGUGACUCCUCAUCUUGUAUUUAACUUUGUUCUGGUGUGACUUUCUAUCCUAUAACUCCACUAACAUCUACUAGAAACUUUUUAUGUCAUAUUUGACUUUUUAAAUUCUUUUGAUUUUCACUUGUAAAUAUGACUUAAUUUUAUACCUGACUUUAUAUCUGAUAAACAUGACUGACUAUAAUGAUCAACUUUUUACAAAGGACUUUUGUCUUAUUUUGACUUUUGAUCUAAUAAUCAUCAUCUCAUUGUGACACUUAGUUUAUAAUUAAAUUUCAUCUUAUGACUUUCUCCUAUAACUGAACUUUAUAUUUUAUUUGUGACUUUUCAUCUUUUAAUUAUGACUUUUUAUUUCAUAAGACUGACAAAAUAUCUCAUUAUCAGACUCAACUUUUUGAAAUUUUCUCGUUAGUUUAACUUUUACAAAGUCAUGAUUUAUUUAAGAGUUACGACUAAUAACAUCAUUAUGGUGACUUUUUAGCUCAUGAAAUAGUUUUUAAAUUUUUUUUUUGUCGUUCCAUUAAAAAUUUUCCCAUAAUUUUAGCUUUUUACCCUAAACAAUUUUUGAUUUAGUUGACGAGUCAUUUUUAAAUUAGCUUUAUCAAUACAGUUGACCUGAUUUUACAGCUAGCAGCUACAGCAGCUUGGACGUUAUGAUAGACCCCGAGGUUAAUGAAUGAACUGCUCAGUCACUCCAGUAGAGUGAUGCUGGAGCCCUGACUCACUAAGUGUAUAACUUUUAUUAUCUAUUAGCUGACACAGUUAGCUGUAGAGUUGAAUAAGUGUGAACAGAGACUGAUUUGUCAUUUAGACUGUUGAAGAGUUCUCACUUUGAUAGGUGUACUGUACUCCAGGUGUAACACAGCUGUAUUUCCAUCAUCUCUUUCAGGCGAGGUGCAGAUAUUCGACCUGGGCCGGAGGUCUCUGAGACCAGCGGCCACCAUAGAGGAGGGAGGAGCCGAACAUGCUGCUACAUGUUUAUCCUUCAACCACAAAAACCCUCAGCUGCUGGCUGUGGGAAAAACAGACGGGACAGUCACUGUUUGGCAACUGAGCACCGACCUGACGGAGCAGAACCCCCGAGAGAGCAGCCAGCUGGAGCAGAUAGCCAAUCAGGUGGCAGAAUGAGAUGGACUGAGACUAAAGCAUUGGCCUGAUUUAUGAAGGACUUAAAAGGAGGUGAAAUAAAACCAGAGACGCAUGUGUCCAGUUCUAACCAGUAGCGUUUAUUAAAGCACACUCAUGUUCAGGUGUUCUUAAGACAUUAUUGUUAAUAGGAGGUUCUUAAAGUCAUCGAAAGCACAAGCUAAACCAGCUAAAACAAUCACAUUCAGAUGCAGACAGAUCCACUAUGCUAUCAUGAGAAGCACACAGAGUUAGGGCAGAGCGAGAUAAAUAUACAGAGAGUCGGUUUUAGUGAGUAGUGCCACGAUCAUGCAGUUUCAGCUGUGUGUUUGUGUUGAAGUGUGUGAGGGAAAACGCGUCCCGAUUGGUCACUGGUGGGCGGGGGAUCAGUUGACGAACAGCGAGCGGGUGAACUCGACAAAGUCAAAGGCUGACGGCAGCUCGCGGCCCUUGCUGUCGAGGUACGGCUUCAUGUGUGACAAGCAGUAGUCGGCCUGCUCCUUGGUCAAGUUCUGGAAGAGACAGAGAAGAAAAGGGGGGGCCAGUGAGUGUCAGUGUCAGUCCUCAUGGCGGUCUGAGACCACAGAGUAAGCGAGGGACUUGUCUCACCUGGUAGAGCUCUUCUUUAGUGACAUAAGGUUUGUUCUCGGUGCUCAGGGCUCUGAAGGCGCUCUCGAUCUCCUCGCUGGACUUCACGUUCUCUGUCUCACGGCUGAUCAUGAACGCCAUGUACUCCUGCAGCGACACGUUUCCAUCCCUACGCACACACACAAAGGUUCCUCUCAGUUAAGACUGUUCAAACAGUGUUGGUGGAUGAAGUUUACCUCUCCAUCUAACCUGUGACGUACCUGUUUGGAUCCACAGUGUCGAGUAUGGCCUCAAACUCUGGAUCGGGUUCUCCUUCCUCCACCAUGGGCAGGUCGUAGCCCAGCGAGCGUAAACAGGACUUGAACUCCUGGUGGUUCAGGCGGCCGGACUUCUCCUUGUCAAAGUGCCUGAAAAUAAAGAUGUGGAGGUGCGGAUGAGACUCAAUCAGAGCAGACAGAGAGAGAGACGAGCUACUCUUACAUGAACUCAGCAGCUCAUGCAGUCUUUUUACUCCAUUUCGGACCAGGUCAACAGGUGACUCAGUAACUCAAUUUAGCAGGAAACUUGUAAUAAAGUGAAAGGAAGCAAUAGGUAACCCUCCAAAAACAUCACCCUCCAAAUACCCUCUUCAAACUUAGUGCAUAACGGGACCUGGACUUCAGAUAAGUUCAUCUGUCACUCGACUUUCUGACUGCUCACUGAGCAGAACUUUCUCAGAGUAUCAGGUCUAAGCUACUUACUUGAACAUCAUGCUGAACUCUUUCAGAGCCUCCUCUGUCACUCCUGUGGUGUUCCUAGAAAAAAAAAACAGGCAAAGUAAGAAGUAAGAAACAUGAAACUUGAAUAAUAUUCUUACAUGAGGUGAGAGAUAAACCAGGAACCCUUAAGCGACAUCAUUCAGCAGUUACGACGCGUUGGUGUGUACCUGGCCUGUAUCUGCUGCUCCAGGUUGUGCUGCAUCCUCAUUCCCAGUUGGUCCAGUUGGUCCCACUGCUGAGCCAGCCCCACUGUGCUGUGCUCUGUGUACUUAUUGUCCAGGAUCAGCGCUUCCUCCAUGGCUGCUCCCAGGUCUUCAAUCUUCUUCAGCUGGCUGCGCAUGGCCCGGAUCUCCUGGUGCUUACGCUGCACACAUAAGAAAACACAGACAAUACAUCAACAAGAACUCCUACAUGGUGUCAGAUCACAGAAAAUUUCAGUUGUUACUCAUAAGUGGCGUAUGGGCAACUUUCUUAAAGACAAGGUACCACUUUGCCCACUGGGGGGCACUAGAGAGGACACAACUCCAAGUUACUGACAGGAUCUUUAAGAAAAACUACGAGCGUUUGCAGGCCGUACAUUCUGCCGCUGCUGCUGAGACACUUUAGAGAAGCAGGUGUGUGAAGAAAUCAUGAAAGAGUGAUUUUUACCUUUGUGGCCUCCAACUGAGACUCCAGGGUUCCAGAUUCUUCCACCAUACAUGACCUGACACAGCACAGUUAUGUUAGACAGGAGGAGGGUCAGUUUGAUAAGGUACUACAGUCACUCUGUCACACAGACUCUCAUUCUCAAACACAUCUACUAAUGCUACAGAAGUCGUUACGCAUACAUUCAAUAAAUGUUUGCCAGAGAA